GUUGAAACGGCCCAUUAGUUUCGACCUUUUUUCGCCUUCGAUGUGAAUCAGCCGCUUUCUGACCACCGAUUUCCCCCGGCGUCGCCGAUGCAGAGCGACGGCGAACUUGACUCUUUCAUAUCGAGUUUUGGGGAUCAGGAUUGAUAGCUUGAAGAUGCUUCAGUGUAUAUUCUUCCUUUCGGACGCCGGGGAGGUCAUGCUCGAGAAGCAGAUGACCGGGCACCACGUGGAUCGCUCCAUUUGCUCUUGGUUCUGGGAUUACGUCCUCUCCCAAGGCGGUGAUCCCUCCAUGAUUUUGCCUGUGAUUGCAUCUCCAACGCAUUACCUCUUUCAAGUCUUUCGAGAUGGGAUCGUCUUUUUGGCGUGUACUCAGGUCGAAAUGCCUCCACUAAUGGGUAUCGAGUUCCUUUGUAGAGUGGCAGAUGUUUUGACUGAUUAUCUAGGAGGAUUAAAUGAGGAUGUGAUCAAGGAUAAUUUUGUAAUUGUAUAUGAGCUUCUGGAUGAAAUGAUGGAUAAUGGUGUUCCUCUUACAACAGAACCAAAUAUCUUGAGGGAAAUGCUAGCCCCACCAAAUAUUGUUAGCAAAAUGUUAAGCGUUGUGACUGGUAAAAAUUCCAAUGUCAGCACUAAACUUCCUGAUGCCACAGCAUCUUCUAUCCCAUGGAGAAAAAUUAACACAAAGCAUUCUAGCAAUGAAGUUUAUGUGAACCUUGUUGAGGAGAUGGAUGCAAUCUUUAACAGGGAUGGGAUUCUAGUGAAAUGUGAGAUAUAUGGUGAAGUUCAAGUAAAUUCUCAUCUCCCUGGUCUUCCUGAUUUGACUUUGUCAUUUUCAAACCCUUCAAUCUUAAAUGAUGUAAGAUUCCAUCCAUGUGUUCGAUUUCGCCCUUGGGAAGCUGAUCAAAUCCUUUCUUUUGUGCCUCCUGAUGGGGAAUUUAGGCUGAUGAGUUACAGAGUUAAAAAACUCAAGAGCACGCCAAUCUAUGUGAAGCCACAGUUGACAUCCAAUGCAGGACAUUCCCGUAUUAGUGUUUUGGUUGGAAUACACAAUGAUCCUGGGAAAACAAUUGAUUCGAUAACAGUGCAAUUUCAGCUGCCACUUUGUGUCUCAUCAGCAAACUUCACCCCAAAUCAUGGCACGGUGAACAUUCUAGCAGACAAGACUUGCCGCUGGUCAAUCGGGCAAGUGCCCAAAGGCAAAUCCCCAUGUCUGUCGGGCAAUUUAGUUCUUGAGGCAGAUCUGGAGAAAUUGCAUGUGUUCCCAGUUUUUCGAGUUGGAUUUAGGAUCAUGGGGGUUGCAUCCUCAGGCUUGCAAAUACACAGACUAGAUGUUAAAAAUACACCAAGUGAACCUUAUAAAGGUUUUCGAGCCCUCACUCAAUCUGGAGAAUAUGAAGUGAGGUCCUGAGAUCUUUGCUCUCAUACCAUGUUACUAAUUUAUUAUAGCAAGUACUAUGGUAGUAUAAUCAUGAUAUAUUUCUGGAUUUUCUAGUCAGAUUGCUAUGUUGCCUAUAUAACCUAUGGAAGUUAACUUGAGCUUUUACAGAGCGUAAUGCUCUUGUGAUACUCGUCA